CAAGGCUGUACUGGUGUUCUUGGCAUAACCCAUUUUCAAAUAACUUUCGUGUAAUUGAUCAAGACCAUUAGUUUUAGGAUGACGUUGAUCCGGUGGACAACAACGAGCGACCAACCUGAUCUGAAUCGUCAGAAUGUAAGAUCUGGCGUUAUAAAGUUUCUACUAGCUGGCAAAUUUAGACUUUCACAAAACAACGGUGAAUAAUCGUUGGAAAUCCGUUGGCAUCCUAAGGCUAGCUAUCCGUUAUUUUGAAAAAUUACGAGUGAUUCUCAUCUCCUUGCCUGAUUUGGUCAGGUACCAGACUGCACAAGCAUGGGUAGCUAUGCCAGCAAAUUCUUGUCUCGCUAUGGGGCAGAGAUGACAGAUUCACCUUGUGCAGAAGGACUUUGUCCAUCUACGCCAGUAGAUGCUAAAAUAACACUACCCACAGAUCCUAGAUCUGCUUCUGUUGGGAUUCCAAGGACUCCGAUUGAGGUAAACUACACACCAACAAAUACAAACAGACGUGCAGUUACAGCAAUCCCACUGUAUUUGCAGAAGAAACCAUACCUGGAAACCGACUUGGACAAUAUUGAUCUUUUUACACCUAAAGGCUCAACUCCUACAUCACCGCCUCAUAUUCCUCCAAAAACGUUUGACCACAACAGUCCGUUAACAUCCAUCAACAAUAAGGCUGAUGACACCAGACUCAACAAACUGCACUAUAAAGUUCUUGGAAUUGACCCUCGAUCACCUGCAACUGACUUUGAUAGAACUCCAAUUUUAAGUUUGAAAUCUUGGCAGCGUAUAAAAGCACGAUCCCAGGAGAAUUUAGCUAAACAAGAUAGCUUUUUUGAAUCGCGGAUUUCUUAUCAGCCGAGAUUAUCGUACUGUGAAACUCUGAGUGACUGUGGCAUUUCUGAGGUACAGGCGCUACCUGACAUCCUCUCGGACGUAAAUGCAGUCACAGAUUCGGAUGUGAUUACAGAAAAUUCAGACCACUAUGAUUCUUGCAGUUCUAGUUCUACUGCAAGCGUUGAAACCAUUUCUGAUAGUUCUGAAGAAAUCACAGUUAUACGCAACCCAAAAAUUGAGCAGAUCCAAGAUGCUGCUAGGUCUAACGUGAUAUCAGGUCUCGAGCAAAGCAUUGGGAAAAAUAUGGCUAGUCAAGAAAUUAAUUGCCAGGAAGAUAAUCAUCUUGAACAGCAGUCGUCUUCACCACUAACAAAUAACGCUAGCCAUGUUUUAUCUAUAGUCACAAAAUUGCACAACAACCCAUCAGUUUACACUGGUGAGAAAACAAUCAUGGUUUGGAAGGACUCUAUAUCCCCGGAGAUUUCUAACAUCUCAGAUCUGGAUGUACCCAAAAACUCUGAGUCGAAGCCAAGUAAUAGAAAGAUGAUUUCUAAGGAGGAAAUUAUGAUAGAAUUUGACGAUACUGAGACCACAAAAACCCCGAAAUCUCAACUCUUCAACAAACAAGAAGGAAGUUAUGAAAUUCGCACAAAAAAAACUAAUUUGACCAAGCGGAAAAAAGACUGUGAACUAGACAGCAAGACUUUUUUCCAGGAAAAGACUUUUGGCCCAGAUGGAAAGAAUAUUAACCAAGUGCCAAAGGUCCGCACACCGCUUGGGAAUCGUUCGAACAACCAUGCUAAAGUCAACAGCAUGCCGAUGAAAUCUCCACAACUACUGCGGACCAAACCGCUGUCAAUGAAACUUCACCAAGAAAACACCCCUCCGCGUUCUAUGAAGUCUAAGCUUAAUGGUACCCAAUGGGACCCUGACUCCACUGUCCUUAUUUAAUUAAUUAAUUAAUUAUUAGGUUUACAAGAAUUUCAACAAGUAAAUUGUUACAAACUUUAUAUCAAACGCGACGUUUGUGACGUCUUCUCGUUUCCAUUUACCUAAUAUGUUUGUAUUCACAGGGUUUUUAUCAAAAACUUACCUGCUUAACUGAAAAUUUAUCACUUACUAGCAUAGUGGCUGGACAUGUCAUAUCGGAAAGUAAUUGUUAAUGGUAAUUUUGACAAGAUAUUCCGAGUAUAUUUAUUAGAUUAGAAUAGAAUAUUUGUGUACUCAAUAAAAAUGUUUCCAAUAUCAAUCCAA